AUGAGACUUUCCAUUUUCCUCUCGGGCCUCUGUGCCCUCCUCGCCACGGCUUCCCCAGUCCAGCGCAACAUAGCGCGGGUGCAGGGCGAGACCUACACUCCCCACCCGGAAGAUCGCUGGCCCAGCCCCUUCCCCGGGCUCCCUACUCAUCCCUCUGAUGCCAAAACUCCGUCUUCCGAGUCCGCUCUCUCUACUCCGGCUCCCACGCCUCAUGUCGCCAGGAUGUUGAUACCUGAUUAUUACUGGCAUGCUCCAUCUCCCACCUUCGAGAAGCGCAUCGCCCCCGGAGUUCCCACCCUUCAGAGUCUCCAGAAGGACAUCAGGAACAGCAUCGCAAACGCGACCGCCCCGACUCCCACCCCGGCCUCGAACGCAGGCGGCGACAACAACAACAACAACGACGGCAGCAACACCGACAAGGGCAACACCGACACCACCACCACCACCACCGGCAACAACAACAACAACCCCGCCUCCACCCCCACCCCCAACCCCGCCUCCCGCCAAUCCAAGCACCCCAACGGCCAGCACCCCCAGCAGCCCGCCCCGCCCACCCCCGAGCAGAGCGGCGGCAGCACCGUGGCGGGGUCCACCAUCGCCGCGUGCCGCAUCACCGACAGCACCGUGGUCAACAGCACGCUGGCCAACUGCACGCUGUCGGACGCGACCGUGGUGGGCGCGACGCUGGCCAACAGCAGCGUCGGCGACGGCGCGACCGUGUCGGGCGGCGUCGUCGUGGACGCCAAGAUUGCGGGGAAGUCGUCAGCAUCUCCUAACAACGGCAGCGGCGGCAACGGUGGCGAUGGCAAUGGCAACGGUAAUGGCGGUAAUGGUAAUGGAAAUGGAAAUGGUAAUGGCAACAGCUACGGCGGCAGCAACAACAACAUCGACGAGUCGAGCAACGUGUCGAACAGCACCGUGGACCGCAGCAGCGUGCUGGACGGCAGCGUCGUGGCCGACUCGACGCUCGAGCAGACGCAGGUGCGCGACGCGAGCACCGUGGGCAACUCGGCGCUGCAGGGGAGCGAGGUGCGGCAGGGCAGCACCGUGGUCGACAGCCGCAUCGCCGACACGUACAUCGCGGCGGACAACAACAACAACAACGGCAACGGCGGCGGCGGCCAGAGCGGCCAGAGCGGUGGGCCCGUCACGACGGCGCUUUCGAAGAGGGGUUGGUACGACGACGACGACAUGUUUGGGUGGUCGCCGCCUCUCGUGAAGGGGAACCCCGGCACGGCGCUUGCGAAGAGGGGGGAUGGCACGGCGCUUUCGAAGAGGGGGGAUGGCAAGGCGAAUCCGUGGCUGUGGCUCUGUGUGCCCUUUAUGAUUUUUUGUUCGAUCGGUGGCGCGAUAGGGCGUACUGUUGAUCAAAACAGUGAAGAUCCCUUGGAACAUUAG